AUGACAAACAGCACUGCUCGUAUUUAUGAUACAUCAGUAAAUAUCACUGGUCUAGAGAUAUAUGAGGAGUAUGAUAUAGUAGUGUUAGCAUUUACAGACAAAGGGUCAGGAACACCAAGUGAAACACUAAGAAUAAGAACAGAUGAAGAUUUAAAUACAACAGGUCCAGAUAUAACUGAAGUGACAAUAACAGGUCGAAGUCCAUUCACAGAGUAUGAGUGUUAUGUCACAGCUAGCACUGGAGGUGGUGAGAGUGAACCCAGUAAUAAUGAUUCAGCAAAAACAGAUGAAGCAGCUCCUGAUGGUCCACCUCAAAACUUUGUUGCCACUGUUUUAUCAUCUUCUAGUGUUAGACUGGAAUGGACUAGACCUUCUGUUCCAAAUGGAGAGAUCACUAAAUACCUACUGGAAUACAGCAAUGACUCAAUGACUAUUAACAUUAGUCUACCAGUAGACUUCAUAAUGUCAUCUGAUGAAUACAAUGUGACCAAUAUCACUAUAGAAUAUUUGAACGAGUUCACUAACUAUACAUUUAGUUUGAGAGCUGUGACUGCAGGAGGUAGUGGACCAUUAGCAUCUGAUAAAGUACUAACUGAUGAAGCUGUAAAUACAACAGGUCCAGAUAUAACUGAAGUGACAAUAACAGGUCGAAGUCCAUUCACAGAGUAUGAGUGUUAUGUCACAGCUAGCACUGGAGGUGGUGAGAGUGAACCCAGUAAUAAUGAUUCAGCAAAAACAGAUGAAGCAGCUCCUGAUGGUCCACCUCAAAACUUUGUUGCCACUGUUUUAUCAUCUUCUAGUGCUAAUAAUGAUAAGGGUCUAGGUGAAGUGGCUAUGGCAACAGGGAUGACUAGCGAAGAUGUCACCAUAGCAACCAGCAUUGGACCCAACCCACAAGCAGAUACACCCAAUCCAAUUUCAAUCGCAACAUUAACAGCAGUUGCAGCUGCAACAAGUGCUGGUAUUGGACCAUACUCUGGUGUUGUGUCUGGUAUGACAUUAGAAGGAUUGCUAAUUGUUAUAAUUGUUGUUAUAGUAGUUGUAGUGAUCUGUAUUAUCAAAAGAAAAAAGAAACAGAAGUACUCAUUUGCUGCAUCAAAUGGUACAGAAGAGCUAAUAUUAAAAGAGAAGAAAGUUUCAGGUGUUGGUCUGGACCAUUCUAAAGAUGCUUCACUGAUGCCAGAAAAUAGAGCUAAAAAAAAUCGAUACACCAAUAUUUUAGCCUAUGACCACUCUCGAGUCAAACUGGAUAGUAUUGAUGAUGAUCCAGGCUCUGAUUAUAUCAAUGCUAACUAUAUACCAGGUUAUCGUAUGCGUCGUGCAUACAUUGCUACUCAAGGACUUCCAUCAACAUUUGAUGAUUUUUGGAGAAUGAUUUGGGAACAGAACUGUUAUAUUGUUGUGAUGUUGACUCAAUUGGUAGAAAGAGGACGAUGCUGGUGUUGGAGUACAGGAACAUUUAUUGCUUUGGGUAGUCUACUACAACACAUCAAGAUCACGAUUGGAUUGAUAUUUUUGGUUUAUCUUGUGAAAUGA